AUGAUGGGCAGCAAGAUGGUAUCUGCUAGCAGGGUAGUGCAGGUAGUCAAGCCACAUACUCCAUUAAUAAGGUUCCCUAACAGAAGAGACAAUCCUAAACCUAAUGUAUCAGAAGUUUUUAGAUCAGCAGGACUACCAUCUCACUCUUCUUUAAUUUCUCAGCAUUCUAAGGGAAGUAAAUCGUCAUAUUGGCUGAUACAUCAGGGUCCAGCAGACACUUCAGAAAUAAUAAAAAUAUUACCUCAGAAAUAUAAAAGGAAACUUGUGUGUCAAGAAGAAGUUGAAUAUAUACAACGUGGAGGUCCUGAAUAA